AUGCGGAUCGGCGACCCGCUGGACGAUCAGAAGCGGAGAUCCGAGUCCGAUCGCCGGCUGGUUUGCCGGUCGGCAAACGGCUCGCCGUCAGAUUCUUCCGAUCCGCGCGCGAUCGACCGCGAGAUGCUGGAGCGCGCGGUGCAACUCGCGACGUCUUCCGCGGGGCUCACUGCGCCGCACCCCUUCGCGGGGUGCGUGCUGCGGCGGGACGCGCGCGUGGUGGCGGAGACGUGGCUGCACGCGCAGGGCACCGCGAGCGCGGAGAAGCAGGCGGUGGAGGCGGCGGGGGAAGCGGCGCGCGGAGCAACCGCGUAUCUGAAUCUGGAGCCUGGGGAUUGCCAUGGCGACGAUACCGCCGUGCAUGCUCUCAUUCAGGCGGGCGUGGCGCGAGUGGUGGUGGGGCUGCUAAACCCGCUGCCGCACCACCACGGCAGGGCAGUGGCCAUGCUGCGGCAGGCGGGCGUCACGGUGGACGUGCUGGGGGAGGGGGACCUGGCCCACCCGGACAUGGAUGACGUGGUGAGGAGCUGUCGGGGGGUGAACGAGGCGCUGCUGUUCCGCGCGCACACGGGCCUGCCCUUCUCCAUCCUCAAAUACGCCAUGACGCUCGAUGGCAAGAUAGCAGCAUCCACGGGGCAUGCGGCGUGGGUGACGAGCCGCGAGGCGCGGCAGCGGGUGUUUGAUGUGCGCAGCCUCUCAGACGCGAUUAUCGUGGGGGGCAACACCGUGCGCCGCGACAACCCCCGUCUGACAACCCGCAGGGAGGGCGGGCACGUGCCUGUCCGGAUCGUGAUGUCGCGCUCGCUACGCUUGCCAGAGGACGCCAACCUGUGGGACGUGGCCAUCGCGCCCACCGUCGUCAUGACGCAGCGCGGCGCCAAGGGCGACUUCUGUGCGCGCCUGCGCGCCCGCGGGUGCGAGGUCGUGGAGUUUGACUUCCUGUCUCCGCGCGCUGUCAUGGAGUACUGCCACCAGCGCGGCUUCAUGCAGGUCCUGUGGGAGUGUGGCGGAACCCUCUCAGCGCCGUGCAUAGCGGGCGGGGCUAUCCACAAGGUGAUGGCGUUCGUGGCGCCCAAGAUCAUCGGGGGAGUGACGGCGCCCUCCCCUGUGGGCGACCUGGGCUUUGUUGAAAUGACCCAGGCUCUGGAGCUCGCUGACGUCAGCACCGAGAUUAUCGGGCGGGAUCUGCUCAUGACGGGCUAUCUGCACCCUCUCCCCACCGAUCCCCCCGUUCUGCCCCAAACGCCCACCUUCGAAUGUAGACUGACUCCUCCAGCCACUCCCGGCCCGCCACCUGUCAUUUCUUUCUACAAAUCAUGGGACCCUUUUGGUGCCUUUUCCAACUUCUCCCCGCAUCCUAUCCGCCUCCCCCUGGUCCUCCCCCUCUCUCUCCCUUCCUCCCCCUAUGCCAACGCUGCUGCUGCCGAGGAGGAAGUGGUGCUAUGGCAAACAGUCGAACAUUUUUAUCAGGCUCAAAAGUUCACAUUCUCACUAUAUGAAUAUGACGCGGCACUGGCAGUGCGGGAGAUUCGGGAAGCUGAAACUCCGGAAGAGGCUGCUCGGAUCGGCCGUGCUCUGGAGCGGAAGAGACCAGACCUUCUGCGGCCGAACUGGCAGGAGGAGAAGCUAGCAGUCAUGCGGGCGGCGCUAAGAAAGAAAUUCACGACGUACCCACAUCUGAAAGAACUCCUGCUUUCCACUGGAGAUUCACCUCUUGUCGAGGCGUCUACGCACGAUUUCUUCUGGGGGAGUGGGUGGACACGGAGGGGGAAGAACAACCUUGGGGUUUUGCUGAUGCGGUUGCGAAAUGAGUUGCUGGUAGAGAGCCGAGGCGAGUAG